ACUUGUGAGUUCUGAAAAGAUGGCAACGUCCCCAGUCAGUUCCAAUCGAUGUGUCCAAUGGAGAAUCUAGGAUGGUUUGUGUUGUUUGCUGUAGUCUAGCACUGGGUGUGCUGCGGUGCAGGUCAGGAAGCGAACUCUGAACCCGCCAUUCGGACUUUUUGCUAGCUGUCAGACUAGGUCGAAUAUCACAAGAGGCUAUUUGUUCUACACUGAUCUCAAAACAGACAAUGGCCGAUAAAACAAGCUAUGAAGAUACGGUUGUUCAUCUGGAUGUUAAGGAUUAUUACGGAAAGAAGUUGCAGAAGACCUCUGAUUUGAAGAGCAAUGCCUGUGUGACACCAGCCCAGCCUUACCCAAAAUUCAUCCUACAAGCGCUGAAGAAAGUUCAUCCUGAUGUGACUGACAGAUACUACGGUUGUGGCCUCGUGGUCCCAGAGUGUUUAGAGGGCUGCAGGAUUUUGGACUUGGGCUGUGGGAGUGGCAGAGACUGCUACAUGCUGAGUCAGCUGGUGGGAGAGGCGGGCCAUGUCACUGGCAUUGACAUGACUGAGGAUCAGCUUGACGUGGCCAGGAAACAUGUGGACUUUCACAUGAAGGAAUUUGGCUACAAGAAGCCCAAUGUUACCUUUGUCCAGGGUUACAUUGAGGCCUUAACAGAGGCAGCUCUGGAAAAGAAAUCUUUCGAUAUCAUCAUCUCCAACUGUGUUGUGAACCUUUCUCCAGACAAGAAGCGAGUCCUGAUAGAAGCCUAUAGUGUGCUCAAGGAUGGUGGUGAGCUAUACUUCAGUGACAUCUACAGCAACGGAAGACUAACCGAAGAAAUUAAAAGCCACAAAAUCCUUUGGGGGGAGUGCAUUGGUGGCGCACUGUGGUACAAAGAUCUGCUGCAAUUGGCUGAGCAAGUAGGAUUCAGUCCACCGAGGCUUGUUACUGCCAGCAUCGUCACUGUUGACAACAAAGAACUGCAAGCCAUUCUGGGUGAUUUCAAGUUUGUCUCUGCCACCUACCGUCUGUUUAAGAUCCCAAAAGGCAGCCCAAAGCCAUGUAAGGUCAUUUAUAAUGGAAACAUUACUGGGGCAGAGGACACCUUGCAGUUCGACUGUCAGUACAUCUUCAAGACUGGUCAAGUAAUGGAAGUAGAUGGUGAAUUAGCUGCGAUCUUAACCCAUUCCAGAUUUGCAGAGGACUUCACUUUCCAACCACCAGGAGGCUCUUGUGACCCUUGUGGAGUAAAACCAAAGGUGUGUUCUGAAGAUCCUUUUGAGCUGGCCUUGCAGUUGCCAAAACAGAGCCCAGGUUCAACCACAGGGGGAUGCUGCAGCACGCAGUCUGCGACCUGCUGCAAGUGAUUAUGGAAUAACUUGAGUUCACCAAACCAGUCUCUCAGAAAAUGGACUUCCUUGACUUUAAAAUCAUCUUUUCAUCUGUUAUUUUUGUAUCAUUUAUAUUAUGAAAUACAUAUUGAAUGACCUCACAAAUAUAUUACUCCCAUGAAAAUGCAAUGAUACAUCAAUAUUAUACAUUUCAAUAUUUUUUAAAGCACAGCACAAUUAUCGUUUUAAUUGUUCUAAAAUGGAAAACAAAGCUAAUCGAAUACUUUUUAAUUCCAAUCAUUUUGUACCACCAUGAUGACUCAAUGCACUGAGUCAAAAUUGUUUAUGUGCCUUCUCUAAGGAAAGAACCUGCAACCAUCCCCGAAAAAGUAACAAGAAACCAAUUUGGUAAUAGGUAUAGUGACAAGCCAAAAAACCGCUAGGAAAAUGUUAUCUUUUGCAAGACGUGACAAAAGUCGAAAAGACUCAGGUUUAUUUCAGCAAUUUGUUUGUAUUGUUUUUUUCUGUUGGAUCAGAAUAUACCCAAAAAGUUUGAUUUUCAUCAAUUUUUUUAAAGUUGCAAUUGUAUUUGGUCUUUUUUAUAUUAUUUCCUUUUGUGAUUUUUUUCCCUUAAUGGGUGGUUUACAACAAUUUGCCUUACUAUGCGAUUGUAAUACAGGUACGAUAAUGUGUUAAGUGCCUUUUUUUUCUUGCUUUCUUGCUCUCUUGCAGAUCCCCAAUUUGGCCAAAUUUCAAAAUUGUCCUAUAUGCAUGUGUGAUACAUCAUUGGAAAGCUUAAAAACGCAAUUUUCUGGGGGAAGAAAAUUUUUGAACAGGAGUACAUUUAAAAAAUAAAUAAAUAAAUAAACAGUAAAACGCUAACUGGAGGUGAGAGCAUAAUUAGCCAUGAUUUUAACAAGAUUUUAUUGCGUACUUAUCAUGUUUCAAUCCAAAAACUGUGUAGCAUGUCUGACAGAGUGUGAAGACACAGCUGUGAAUGGCCACAGCCAGACUUUUAGGGGAUUUUAUGGUUGAAACACGGUAAUAUAACAAGGCUCGCAAUGCAGAAAUUGUAGCCAUCAUGGUGUGGUCGGGAAAAAAAUCUCUAAAAAUACACCCCUGUCCGUAACAAUUUAGAUGACUAUCCUGUACAGUACUCGGUUGGUAAACGUGAAGGGAUGUUGCUGGACAUGUUGCUCACAGGAGUGAAGGAAAAUGUAAUAGUUCAACAUCGUUAUUGCAAGAGGGAAAACAUCCACUGACCUAUAUGGAAGUGGAAGAAGUUGUAACAGGUUUUAUGUGGGUCAUUAAAAAGUAUUAAAGCCAUUGAAUGGAUUCUGUCAAAAUUCAGGCCUUAAAAAGCAUUAAACGGAUGAAAUAAAAUGGUCGAGGCAUUAAAAAAUUAUGUAAACUUGAUGGUUUAAAAAAAACUUUUUUAACAUAAUAUUGGAGUUGUCUGAUACUAUUAAAAUUAUAUAUAAUAUCGACGUCGGUUUUGGGCUAAUACACAUUUUGCCUUCAAAGUGAAUGUUCUUCAAGGGCUGGUCACAGCUUAGCACAGCAGUUAUGCUUAAUGAAUAUUAGGUGUAUCUAUAAUCGAUUUAUAAUCGAAUCGUAGCCUCUGAAUUUUAAUCGUAAUCGAAUCGUUAGGUGCCCAAAGAUUCACACCUGUAAUAUCCCAGAUAGCAGACCGACAUUGAAUAAACGUUGAUUUUCCAUCAAAAUCAGCAGUAUGGUUGACAUCGAAAUUUUCGAUGUCAAGUGACAUUGAAACAACGUUGUUCUAUGACUUUUGGGGCAAGGGGGGCACAACAUGUUGAUGACCCCGAAACCCAGUGUCAGCAAUAAAAUUAACUUACAAGAAUAUUUAUAAUGAUAAGAUGACAAUGAGCGUUUUUUGUUUCCCAUCAUUCUUGAGGGGAAUUCUGAAUCAGGCUGCUUAAGCAAUAGUUUUCGCCAAGAUCGUCAACCAUGGAAUAUGGUAAGCCUGCUUGUGUCGUGCCAAUGUAGUUAUAUGUAGUUACUCCAGUCAAAAUUUGUAUCCCCUGGGCGGAGCCAUAUGGAGGUAGAUUUGUGUCUUUAUUAUUCAAUCCCAAAAAAGUGGCUUCAAUUAACAAACAAACAAAACAAAAAAAGUAGCUUCAAUCAAAAAAAAAAAAA